AAUAGAAACAGUUUGUUGGUUGGCAGUGGUAAUACCAUGCUAAACAAUAAACAUUGUUACUUAAACAUUAUAUAAAAAAUAAACAAAAAACUGAAAUUACAGUUGCCAGAAACGUAUACAUUUUGUGUAACACAUUUUUUUUAAAGUGUCGCAAGAAACACAACUUUGUUUGUAUUUUGAAAGUGGUAUCAACUAGUUUUAAGCCUAAAGGUUAAGUGGAAAUUGAAGUUAUUACAAACAUAAUGUCAGCAAGUGAAGCAGAUUUAAGUGAUUCCAAUUUGGAUUCGCCUUUUUCGCAAUCGGACUCUCCUUACAGUUCGCCAUCUCAACAAGUUCCGCAGCUAGCUAAUUGCUUAACGGAGCUAUCAUGCCAAGACUCUAUCAAGCAGAGAGCCAAUAUGCCAUAUCUCCAAAUUGUGGAUCAGCCCCAAAAUCACUUCCGGUUCAGAUACAAAAGUGAAAUGAUUGGAACACAUGGCUGUCUUUUAGGAAAGUCCACAUCAUCAAGUAGGACGAAGUGUCAUCCAUCUGUAGAAUUAAAAAACUACACUGGGAAAGCUCUAAUAAGAUGUAGACUGGUCAGACAUGAUGUUGACGAAGAGCAUCCGCAUCGAUUGCUAGAAGACGACCAGGAAAUAGAUGUGACCAGUGUUUUACCUGAACAUGGCAUUUAUAGAGUGGCAUUUAGCGGUAUGGCUAUAAUUCACACAGCUAAAAAAGAAGUUGCUGCAUUGCUUUUUCAAAAAUAUGCUCAGGACAGAUCUAUACAAUUAAAUGAAAAUGGGAUUCGACUGAUGUGUGAAAAUAAUGCCAAAAACAUCAAUUUAAAUAUCGUUCGGCUAAAAUUUAGCGCUCACGAUUUGGACACGAAUAAUGAGAUUUGUCCUCCGGUGUUUUCAGAACCCAUUCACAACAUGAAAAGCGCAGCGACCAACGAUUUGAAGAUAUGCCGAAUAAGCCGAUGCUACGGUCGGCCCCAGGGCGGUGACGACGUAUUCAUAUUUGUGGAAAAAGUGAAUAAAAAGAACAUUAUGAUCAGAUUUUUCGAAUUGGAUGAUAAAGGUGAUCGACCCUGGUCAGCUACAGCAACCUUCUUGCAGAGCGAUGUACAUCAUCAGUAUGCCAUCGUUUUCAGGACGCCACAAUACCAAAAUCCUCAUACACCAAAGGACGUUAAAGUGUAUAUGGAACUAGUGAGACCCAGCGACGGUCGAGUUAGCGAACCGAAAGAAUUCACCUACAAAGCUGAAAGUAUUUAUAAACAUAGAAAAAAAAGGAAAGCCAAUUAUUCUUCGUACUCUUCCCUUGAAAGCGUCUCAGGUGGAUCAAUAAAAAGCUUCAGUGAUGUGCCUUUAUCUGUGGAAAAUGUCAAUAACAACAAUCAUUUCUAUAUAAAAAACGAAGACGAAAUCAUGCAGGGAAUCCCCGUUUAUACGGUACCUCAAAUGCAGCAGGUGGCGCCGACUUCAGACUCAAUGAUGGCGGACGCUAUCCUAUACGAUAUGGGCUCGACGCCAGCCGAGGUACUGGGCGCUCCGUUAAAGCUAAGCCCGAUGCUUAGCCAGCCCAACGUGUCCGCUUCGCCUGGCCUGUCUGGCGUCCCUGAGUUGCAACUGCACUCCUCAGAGAUGGACCGUAUCCUUGAGCGGAGCAUCGAGCCUGAGGAGAAGAAGCGCUUCUACGAGACUGACCUGAGCGAAUAUUUUAAACAUUUCGAUGGAAGUUUAAGCUUAGAUGGAAUGAAUGAGGUUGGAGCUAUGGAUAUACUCAAAUGCUCCAUGUUCGCAUCGGAUUCUGGCAGAUCAAAGACAGUGAAACUCAUUGAGAAAGAUGCUAUGAAUGUUAUUGUCAAAGAGGAAUCUCCGAAAAUGCACGUGAAAAAGAAUAACGCCGGCGAAUAUUCUGCCGUUUAUAAGUCAGAUGAUGGUCGGGAAGUUAAAAAACUGGUGCUGGAGUUGUGCGAAAUCAUCAGAAAUAAAACAGCGUACAAGAAACAAAUCGUCAGAGCUAAAUUGGAAAGGCUUUUUGAAAUGCGGCUGUGCAAUGGGGACACUUUUCUACAUAUGACUCUAUGCAGCAAUCAACCGAGCUUGGAAUACAUAGUGAAACUGAUAUUCAGCCUGAAAAUGACUAAACUACUGAAUUUGAAAAACAAUCAAAUGCGAACCAUACUACACCUUGCAAUCAUCAAUGAUUCUCCAAAGCUUGUGUCGUUUUUGGUCUCAAAAGGGUGCAAUCCAAUGGAAGAAGACGAUGAGGGCAACAACGCAGUGCAUUAUGCAGUUAUCUGCCAAUCGUGCAUCGAACCGUUGCUGGAUGCUGUAAAGAGCAACGGCGUCAGUUGCGACAUCAACGCUUACAAUAACGAAAAGCAGAGUCCGUUGCAUCUUGCGGUGAUAUACGAGUCCGUAGAGAGUGCGGCGACGCUGUUGCGGCACGGUGCGAGCGUGCACGCACGCGACUCCUGCGGGCGUACGCCGCUACACCUCGCCGCCACUGACGACUGCGUGAGCGUCGCGCGACUGCUUGUCGACGCCGUACCGCCCAGCGACAUAGACAUUAUCGAUGGUAGAGGUUACACCGCGUUGCAAACAAUUUGUGACGGACCCAUGAGGAAGAACACACUUGAGAUCGCCAAACUUCUACUUCAAAAAAAAGCGGAUCCGAAUAAACACGAAGAAUGCAAUCAACCAGCGUGGAAGCUGGCGCGGGACAAACCGGAGUUAUCUGAACUGAUACAAAUGCACACGGGCACACAGCUCAUUACUGAAGACGACAUCAAGUCGGAGCCGGAGGAUGAAUUCGAGUCCGCAGACGAGGGUGAGGGUAGUGACGAGCCGCUUGCUGAGCUGCCUCUGUACAUGGACGAGUUGGCAGCGAUGCUGGACGAGCGAGGCGCCUGGCGCGAGCUGGCGAAGAGGUUGCACCACGGCUCGCACGCCUGGUACAGCGCCACGCCCAGCCCCGCCAGGACCCUGCUGAAAAAUCUAAAGGAAAGUCACGAAAUCACAUCGAAAUCACUGGCACUUUUACUAGAAGACAUAGGUUGCUUGGAUGCGGCUAUGAUCGUGAAGAGAUAUCUAAGCGAUUGAUUGUUGUGAUAGCUAAGCGUGUAAAUAAUGAAAUGAAGAAUGUAAUUUAUUAGAAUGAAAACAAUUCUUUGUUUGAAUAAAAAAAUAUACUUUUAUAUUAUUGAUGUGAUGACAGCAACCAUCAUUUACAUGGAGAGAGAUACUUGUGUAGUUCUGGUUUUGACGUUAAAAUACGUAAACUGCCUGUGUUCAGCAGUAAAAAGCUGGCAAAAAUGAUACCAAAAAUUAACAAUCACAAUACUAGACAUCCUGACGAGAACCGAAUGACAUAAUCGAAUACGCCUACUUUUUUGUUUUUGGUUGAUGGUAACUCAUACACUCCAUAAAAUUUUUUUUAGCAUUUCUCUUCAUGUAAACGGCGCAAAGAAAUGAAAUUCUAGUUGUUUUUUUUUGUAUUUCUAAGUCACAUGAAUUGACCGUGACUAAAAUUAUUUUAAGUUUUUACUGAUUAUUAACUAUUAAUAUACUAUUCAGAGGAAGUAAUCCCUGAUAUUUAAUAUCUUUUUUCAUUUUAUAAUCAUUCACAAUUUGUAAUUUUUAUCAGUGUUCAAUGAUAUUCAAAUAUGGCAUCAUAUUGUUAAGUAU